AACCAACUUGAAUUAACUAAUUAAGCAAUACAAUGCAUAUAAAUUUAUACAUUUAAAAGUUAUAAUAGGGCACAGAAAAAUGCAACAAUAUUUUUCGUGUUACUUGGGGAAAAAUGAACGCUUCUUAAUCUAAUGACCGUAAAUUAAAAUACAAAUUAACGGCGACUUUAAGUAUAUCAAAUUAAGGAUAGAACAUGGAAGUUUUUACCUAAUCAGUGUGGAUAUUUCCUUAUUUAUUUUACGCAUAUAUAGUAUAUACAUAUAUAUAUCGAAUCCAUUGUUAUCCAUGUGAAGCAACCAGUCUGUCUGUCUGCUCUGUGUCAAACUGUUCACUGACGCGACGCUGUUUAAUAGAAACGGGCAGCUUUGCCCAUGAGCAGAACGACGGAGCGUCAACGUAAUGGGUGUUGGCCUUGCGGCGCCACCAAUUCCAUACGCCAAUCGAGAGCAACGCGGCACAGACGCCGUUGCCAAAGCGCAGUCAGAGCAAUUGGGAGAGUGGAGCAAUUUGAAGGUCGCACCAAUGCACGAGAAAAUUCUGGAGGAUUCACGAAAAGAAAAGACUGAGAAGGUGCAGCUUCUUGGUAACGCUAAGGAGAAGCUGUCCAAAGAGAAACCCCUCAAACAACAGUCAAGACUUGCAGAAAGACUGCGCCGUUCAUUCCGCCGCAGUGCACACAGCUCCCUGGAGCUGAAGUCCACGUCGGACGAUUAUCAAAGCAAGAGCUGCGCCUCGCCAUCGCUAUCUAAGCUGGACAACAAUAACCACGGCGGCCGCAUACCCUUCUCAGUUGCCAGCCAACUGCAUCUGCCCGGCCUGGCACUUGGCGGUCACAUCAACGCGGCCCUGCUGCUGGACAGUCCCGACGAGUGCACGCCGCCCGAGUACGCCUACCAGCACUUGAGCAGUGUGGCCACCACCAAUACCAAUUCGAGCAGCUCACUCGAGAGCAACUUCGAGCUAAGCGAACUGAGGAGCUCACAGACGAACCUACACUGGGCCGGCAGUCAACAGUUCUUUGAAAUGGGCAGCGAGAUGAGCACCGCCGCCACCAGAAGUGCGACGCCAGAGCAGAGUGUCAAACGGAAGGAUCAGUUGGGCAGCAGCAGCCGCAAUGAUCAGCAACCAGCUGGCCCGCCCAAUGCCAGUCGCAGUUGCAGCAUCACCAGCGAGAGCAGCUCGGUGAGGAUAACGCGACUGCAGAACUUUCUAUUCAGGAGCAGCAACGAGAGCUCGCGCAGCUGUCAGGGUCAUUCGAAUGAUGGGUUUACCGCUUCGUCGUUUAACUCAUCGUCCGGGGAAUGGGAACAGCUGGGCGCCCAUGUGCUGUCCAGCAGCAGCGGCGUUGGCGGCCUACAUGAUCUCAAUACGGGCUCGUUUCCCGAGGAGGACACACCGGACGAAGCUGAUGGCGAUACCACGUUGCCGAUUGAAAGUGGCGAAGCUGGCGCCUAUUAUCAGUAUACGCUGACAUCGCCGAACAAUCCCUUUCUGCCGGAAAUCACUGCACGCACCUAUCACAGCACCUACGAGGACGACGAAUUGCCGAUUGAGGGACAAAUUCAGCCAGAGGAGCUGCAGCUGGAUUGUAAUGUGACAUCUGUUAAGUAUACCGGCUGGGGUGCCGGUUCCCGAUCCGCACAGCUGCCGACACCCGCCUACAGUCGUGCCGGCUCCCAGGAGUCCACGUUCAGCGAAAGCGGUGUUAGCUGUCCGCAGGGACCGACGCCCAGCCCAGCGUCGAGUUCCUCGUCCACGCCUGGCCGCCACAGACGCAAGCUCUUCAGUCUCAACUCUCCUACGCGUCUGCUGCAUCAUCAGCAGAGCGGCACAUCAGCAAGUCAGCAGCAUAUUCAUAAUCAGGCACAGAAAAUCGAAAUGUCCGUCUCGCCAACGGAGAGCCUCAAUGCGAACGUCCCGGUGCGUAAUCCCCUGAAUCCCUUUCUGCCGGCGACCUCGGCACCCAUUGCAGUGCCGGGCGACUUGAGGAGCAAACGUGAGGAAUUUCUACGUGCAACAAUGAAAAUCUGUCUGGUUGUGUCGCCUCCAGCCAGCAAACUGCAGCUGAAAUCAAAAAGUCUCACCCACUUAGAUGGCCUCGACACGUUGGUGCCCUGCCAACAUGGAGCUGCCGCACCCACAACGGCCACCGACACCAUCGCAUCCCCGGGCAUGUCAGUGCCAGCGGCCACGCCUGGACACCAGACGCAGGCGGUUUCAAGCUCGGAAUUCUUUUCGGUAUCCUUUUGCUUGGAUGCAAUGCAAUGCCAUGACGAGGAGUUCAUACCGGCAACCAAAGGAACUACAUUACAAAAUGCACUUAAGCAGCUGCUGCACAGGCGAAACUUGAGCUUUUCACAGAUCAAAAUUACAGACAAUAAUCCCACGUUCAGCUAUUUAGAUACAGGUCCAACGAACUUGACAGGCCAUUUGGACGAAAAUACCGAUGUCGAGAACUUGGCUGGACAUCAUCUUGUGAUCACCGAACGCGACAACAGUCGAAAAUCGUUGCAAAAAGCAGCAUCAUUUGGCUCUCGACAGCGACCACCGCGACUUUUAUCUUCCGCCUCAACAGAGGAGACAAGUGAAUCAGGCAAUGCGACUGGCAAGCAGAUACUUGGUCGUUGGUCUUCCAUAUUCGGCAUUAAGAACCCGCAGCAGAGUCAACUAUAUGACCUGCUCAACAACUAUGCAAAGAAUGGUGUGCCCCAGCGUCCAGAUGCUUUAAAUUUUGAACAUCCCGCGCUCGCUGAUUCACUGAAUUAUCUGCACAAUAUGGACAAAUCGUGGCGGGAUUUUGUCGAUAGCAAUGCCAUGAGUGAUAGUGAGAUUAAGAUACAAACUGCCAUAUGGGAGCUGGUCACCACUGAGGUCUAUUACAUUCACGCCCUGCAAACGGUUACAGACCUCUUUCUGGCCUGUCUGGAGGCUGUGCAGGAGGAACGCCUGCUGAUUGACGUCGAUCAGCACAGACUGUUCUCAAAUGUACGAUCCGUGUGCGAGGCAAACAUUAAAUUCUGGACCCUGUGGCUAUAUCCGAUGGUGGCACACAGCAUUAGGACUCAUGAGCCACUGAGAUGUGCCUUUUUCCAGGAGGGUUUCAUUUCCUUUGCCUCUAUCUUUGCACCAUAUAAGGUCUACUGCGCGGAGCAAAGUACCUGUCAGUUUUACUGCAAGGAGCUGAAUCAAAAUAAUGCCCUGUUCACUGUCUACUUGGCCUGGUGUGAGUCACAGAAGAUGUGCAAUCGCUUGCGCCUCGCCGAUAUCGUUGUCCGUCCCAUGCAGCGCUUAACCAAGUAUAGUCUAUUGCUUGCGGCUAUCAAGAAGCAUAUGAGCGAUGUGGAGGAAAUCGAAGUCAUGGACAUUAUGAUACACAGCGUGGAGAAUUUUGUGGGUAGCGUCAACAACCAUUUGACAAUGCGGCAGGAGAGUGAACGCCUCAAGGGUGUUAUGGCACGCAUUGAAUCCUACGAUGUGGUGGACACCAACAACGAGGUGCUGGACAAGCUGAUCAAACAGCACAGUCAAAUGUUUGAUCUGUGCGCACCAAUGCGCGGCUGUCCCGCCAGCCAUGUGCGUCAUUUGUUUAUGGAGGGGGAUCACAAGUUCAAGGACAACGUUGGUAAAAGCGAUGUGCAUUGUUUUCUGCUAACCGAUAUACUGCUCGUAUGCAAAAGCAUGGCCAAGAAGGGAUUGGGGGCGCUUAAGGUCAUACGCCAGCCAUAUCUGACUGAUCAUUUGAUCGUCCAUCUGGCGCACAACAACACGCUGAACUGCGUCUAUCUCAAUGAGUUCCAGGUGGCCACUACAGCCUUUACUCUGCAAUGCACCGAGGCCAAGAACUGGUACGAUGCCCUCUGGCGCGCCAAGACCAUAUAUCAGAGACUGAAGCGGGGCAAUGGUGGCGACAGCUUUCGCUUUGGCGGCAGUGGCACCACUGGCGAUUCCCUCGGUGUGCGCAAGUCGCCCAUUAACUCAUCGAUCGGCAGUCAUGUGUCCAGUGCAAACAAUAGCCACAGCGGCAGCGUUGAGUGGAACGAUUCCCGGAACAUAUCCGUUGAUUUUGAAAAAACCAAUUCACUCUCCAGCGACGAGGGCUCCAGCCUAAUGGGCAACCAGGGCUUGGCGUCAAAGGGCAAACAGCAAUUGUUGAGGGGCGUGCCAAAGCCAAAGAUUGGCACGAUUCCAUCGACAUCGGCCAAUACCCUAUCCGUGCAGCCGGUAAACCAUUUGGGCCAGAGUUUGCCCAAUCUGAACCUGCAACACAACCAAACUAACAAUACAUUGCUUGUGCCGGGCACAACUACUAGUCACUCGGGUAAUUUAUUGUUGUCGCCCAGUCAUCGCGGCAUUUCCUAUCCACCGCCGAGUCCAACUAGAGUGCCGCUUAAGCGCGGCAUGGCAUUCUCCACGUCCACGAAGAACCCACCUCUGCUGAAGACGCGCAAUAUUACUUCUCAGAACAGUAUUAAUUGGCAUCAGAUACCCGCAACUCCCACGCCGCCCAGUCCGCGAUCGCAGCACAGCUCGCCCAGCAAUCCAAACCAGGCCUGCAAUGUCGGUCUGCCGGGCGCCACAGAUCCACGGAUGCUGCAGAAACAGAUAUCCCAUCAGAUGCCCUUGCAGACGACCAAGCAGAGUGAUUUGGAACUCCAGCGACAUUUAAGCAAUGAAACCGACGUUUAAACCAGAUAUUUAACCAACAACAACAAUAAAUAGGAGAUUAGGUAACACAUUAGAUAUAAACAAACAAACAAAUAAUAAUAAUAAUAAUAACAAAACACAUUGGCUUCUCCUUGACAAGGUCACCAAUAGAAUUGGUCAAUGUAGUUGCUAAUACUGCACCUUUUGGGUCCAAAUACAAGAUACAAAUAUAAUAAACAUUCCGACUAAGUGCUACCCAUUCCCAUUGUCUAUCCAUAUACAAGUCUACUUAUGCAUGUAAACAUAUUAAACG